UGUUUGCACCGCACGGUAGGAGUCGCUGGUUGGCCGUGUACCAGGAAGCGUGUUUGUAAUAGAGUGAAAAAGCGCGGUCAGGAUUGCUGAUGCAAUCCUCCUUAUUUCUUGUGCAAGCAUAUCCUGUAUUCCCAUUUAAGCCUUUUUGUUUCCCAUAUAACUAUUGAAAGCAAGAUAAGAAAUACCUUGGUUAUUAUGGUCAAAUCGUCCCCGCCACGUUGUUACACUGGGGACGGGUACCAAUAACGUUGAGAAGAAGAAGAAGAAGCACCGCACGGUGUCUCACGAAUAUUUAAAGCACAUUGAUGUUUUUGUCGAUAUAUUAAUGACAAUAUCGUCAUUAUGGAUGUGGAUCUGCUUAGACCAGGCACCGUACCGAUUUCGCCGGACACAAUACUGUGGUUUGAGUUUUUAUUAAAUCCCUCGUUGCUACAGAAGCACUUGUCAAAACCUUUUCCAGAUCCAUCACCCACAGAUCUGAUAAUAAAAUUUAUGACAAUUAAUUCCGAUCAAAAAGAAGUUGACCCUAAAGCAAUUGAUGCAGAGGUAAACGAUGUAAAAUCCAAUGGCACAAACAAGUGGUCUCAUAGAAACUUAGCAUUAAAGAUACUGUCUCUGAAAGUAGCAGCUUAUCUCAAUUGGGACUUGGAUGUGCUAGAGAAAAAGUUGCCUCUACCAAUACAGUUGACGUUAUUACAAGAUCUAUUUUAUAUCACUGCAGAUGUCAUGAUAGAGAUUCCAAUAAUUCCAGAAUUUUUAAUGGAAACUACUUCUGACCAGCUUCUGUUCACAUUGGUUUUAUAUCAUAGGUGGCACCUAAGAGCAAUUAUUUGUAGAGCUCUCAGCAAUAAACAGCCAAAACAACAGUUAUUUCAUAUACCAGGUACUCAGGAAUCCACGUAUGUACCUCCUAAUAUAGUAGAUGAUAUUAUUAGGAAAUUGGAAGCGCACAUACCAAGCAGUGUAAGUGCUCUAAACAAUAUCUUACAAAUGUCUGAUAUAAAGCCAAAGGUUCUUUCUUUCGAUACUUUUCAAAUGCUGACCGAGGAUAGUACAGAGAUUAAGCAAAAUUGGGAAAAUAUGUAUCUUGUAAACAUAGAUGAGUUUAAAUGUCAGAUCCAUUAUGAUCUCGCGAUGUUUCAUUUGUUGAGAGAGGAGUAUCAGGAGGCCAAUCGCCAUAUUAAACAAGCAAAGGACUUGUAUAGUAAUUUUAACUCGGCAGAAAAAUUAUCGUAUUGUAAAGUGCAAAAAGAAUUUUUAGAUGGCUGUUGUUUGGCAUGCGAGGUACCAUUGGAAGAAAUUACGUCUAGUCUUACACAGCGUUUACACGCCUCUAUUAAGGAUCAGUACACAAAUAUAUUGCAGAUUUUGCAAGCAGAUAAUAUUUUCAGGGAGAUACCACAGGUUUAUAGAGAUAAUUUAGAGUUGGACGUGCAGGGUGGAUUGGUAAACAGGAAAUUCGUGGUUGCCCGGGAUCUUUUGCUGCAGAUAGAGUGCUUGAACCUAGUUAGAAAGAUUCUUGACGACAACAUAAUUAUGGGUGAUUAUGUGAUUGAAAUUAAGGCAGCUGGUGCAAAGGGUCUGGAUGUCUUAUUCUGGGCUUUAGAUAAUGUCCUGGAGAAAGCAACGGCUGUGGAUAAAAAACGAAUUUCUUGUUACCUUCUUUACCUUGUAAACACUGGUAAUAUAGACGGACUCGCUUCGAAGAUAUGUAACAAUCCUUCGUAUGCGUCAUUGUUUGAUGAGGCAGAAAUUAUCAUCAUUCAACAAGCAGCUAUUAACGAUGAAAUAGAAUUACCAGACUUGUUGUUACAUAAUGAUUGGGGUAUCCCAUCUAUACCAUAUAUACAAAAUGCCAGGAUUGAAGUCUUUGAACUGGAACAAAAAUUGAUAGAAUCAUAUGAUUCUCACGUAAUCCGCGAAACAUUGAUCCAGUUGGACGGAAAACAUCGAAUGAAAUCGUUGUAUCAUGUAAAUGACUGCUGGGAGUUACCUAUUCCAUUACAGAGCGUAGUAAUGUCACUUCCUAGGGGCUUUAUCCAGGAUUAUUCAUACGUCCUACUUGCGAAGAGUCGAGAAUUGGUCACUUCCAAAAAUUUCGACGGUGCCAUCGAGCUUCUCAAAUCAUUGGAUAAAGAGCUACAGGAACAUAUGAAGAGUGGAGGCUCGUUGGUCUUCAAGUUGAGCAAAUUAGUAAACUGGGAAUGUUUACUUGUUGAAAUAUGGAAGUGUUUCCAAGCUUGGCCGGUUACAAACGUCUGUGAUGUGCAAAGUAUGAUUGUACGGAGUAAACAGUGCCUUGGUACGUUACAAGCGUCCGAUCAACUAAUUCCGCGACAAGAAGUAAUAGAAUACUGUAUAGUCUUCCUUUUAAAUAUGGCCGAAUGGGAUUAUCUUACUAGUUUGGAGAAACGUUGGAGUUAUACUGAAUUUGCAGCUGCUAUUAGUAGCGUUUGCCAAGACAUUGUCAAGUACAAAGGAACCCGCAAGUUUCCGCGGGAUGCAUGGGAUAUGAUUUUAACAGCAUUCGGUCCUACCAGGGAUCAGUCGCAAAAACGCAGCAGUAGUAACAGUAACAGUGGAAACUCCAACACGUCGAAAGAUGUUGCCGCUAGCAUUGCCCUUACACUUACUCGACUACGGGAACCUAUGGUCCUCACUGUAGUAAUAUCGUUAUUGGCUCGUUUGCGCAAUGUCUUGCGGGAUGAGGCUAGUUUGGAAUUGCAUACACAGUACUUAUCUCUUUGGCCUGCCGGAGUACCUAAUGCAAAUUCGUAUAACAUCAGACAUAUCGGAGAACUGUUAUUCCAACUGCUGACACAAGCUUUAAAAUAUUAUCCCACCAAUGUGCCAUGGUUGAGGCUAAUGGGCGAUCUUAAUUUUGUUCUAAUAUACUACGAAAGUGCAAUGAAAUAUUAUUUGGAGGCAAUCAUGAUAGCCAGCGAUUUGUUUAGUCAACCCACACCACGUACACAGAUAGAUGAUCUUGUUUAUAGAAGGAUGAUUAAGUGUUGCGCUCAUUUACAAUGCUACACUCAGGCAACUGUGCUGUGCCAAUUUUUGGAAGAAGUAGAUUAUUCUUUGGCAUUUAAAAUGGCAGCCAGCGAUCAAAAGAGCUGUGCUCCAGCUGAUGCUAUGGAUGCAUAUUAUCAUUGUAUUUGGGACACAACGAUACUCGAAUAUCUUAUACAAUUGCAUACGAAGCGCGGAGAGCAUCACAGAAAGCAGCUCGCGAUCAAAGUCAUCGGUUUGCUAGAAUUAAACUCGAACAAUAACGAGGAGAUCCAAAGAGAAGCGGCUAAUAUUCGUAAAGCCAAAUUUUUGAGGGCGUUGGCAAAACAGUACGUUUAUUAAAAGGAUUGCCCUUGUGGAAUUUUUUAAAGAUUUAUGUAACACAAUAUUGGAUAUGUAUUAGCACGCUAUAAUACGUACAUCCGUAUUUGCGUUGCAUAUUUUUUAUGUGUAAGUGUAUGCUAUGUUAUAAAACAUGUAAAAUAAAUAUAUCAGAUAGAUAUUUAA